AUGUGCCAGCAACACCCCCAUGACCCCGACGACAAAGCGCAUGACCGCGAAGGACAUCGCGACAGCGCUCGCCGGCAUGACACACUCCCUUUCCCAUGGCACCUCCCCGUCUGCGACGCCCACUGCCACCCGACCGACACCAUGGCGUCGGUCGCGGAAUUCCCCGCCAUGCGCGCCGCCGGCCUGACCGUCAUGUCGACCCGGUCGCAGGACCAGGAUCUCGUCGCCGACGUGGCAGCGCGGCAUCCCGCCCUGGACCAGAGCGCCUUUUUCGCACGCCGCUUGGGGGCGAGCGGCGAUGGUUCUGCUGGUCCGCCCGAGACAUUUGUCGUCCCGGCGUUUGGCUGGCAUCCUUGGUUCUCCCACCAGCUGUACGAUGACCAAGCACCGGAGCCCACAUACCGGCCCGCCACCUCCGUCACCGGCCCCGGCGCCGACCACACCUCCGGAAUCUCCACCGAAGACGCCGCCGCCGCCGCAAAAGCGGCCCACUAUGCCUCCGUCCUCGCACCGGCACCCUCUCCGUCCUUCCUCGCCUCGCUUCCAACCCCCAUCCCCAUCUCUGCCUUCAUCUCCUCCACGCAAACUCGCCUCCUCGACCACCCGCACGCACUCGUCGGCGAAAUCGGCCUCGACAAGGCCUUCCGCCUCCCGCAGGCUUGGAACGCCUCCGCCCAAGACUCCCGCGAUGACGGCCUGACGCCCGGCGGGCGCGAGGGUCGACUGCUCAGUCCGCACCGCGUCCGAAUGGAGCACCAGCGCGUUGUUCUAGCAGCGCAGCUGCGUCUCGCAGCCAAGAUGCGCCGCGCCGUGAGCGUCCAUGGCGUGCAGGCGCAUGGGGUGUUGCAUGAAACACUCGCCACGACGUGGAAAGGACAUGAGCGGGAGGUAAUGACGCGGAGGAAGCGCCGGAUGGUUGCACAAGGCGCCGAGGAUUUCUCAUCGGACUCGGAGGAUGAGGAUGACGCAAAGGAACGGCCUUACCCGCCGCGAAUCUGCCUACACUCCUUCAGCGCCAGUGUUGAAGUCCUGAAGCAGUAUCUGCACCCAGCGAUCCCUGCGCGCAUCUUCAUAUCCCUCUCCGCCUCCGUCAACCUGAGUACAGAUGCUGGCCGCGCCAAGACUGACGAAGUUCUGCGUGUUGUGCCUGACGAUCGCAUCCUCAUCGAGAGCGAUCUGCACACGGCUGGCGAAUUUAUGGACACCGCACUCGAGGACAUAUGCCGCCAGGUGUGUGAGGUCAAGGGGUGGACGCUUGAAGACGGCGUGGCACGUCUAGCUAAGAACUACGAGGAGUUCAUCUACGGCUAG